AUGUCGAAUAAAGACGCAAAAACCAAAGCGUUAGCCCCUUCCAACAAUGAAGCUCGCUCUAGAGAACGAAAGGCUACGCCGCCGCCGGAUAUUGUUGCUGGUAUAGAACGGUUGACCGCAUUGGUGGAGGAGGCAAGCGCUUGGAGGAGAGGAAGACAAGACGUAACAAAAAAGCAGGAGUUGCUGGACCUCACGGAAAAAGUGUUUGAGUCUUGGAACCGGCUCGGCUGGAGCAAGGAGGCGCUACCUUCUGCGAUACGGGAAUGGUUUAAACACAUCGCCUCCCCCGCUGUCGCAGAUUGGGAUGGAUUACCCGAAACACUCGACCUAACCUUUUUCCGAAAAUUGAAAGCCGACACCCAUGGCGAUAACCUGAAGAAAAAGUCCUCGAAGCGCAAGGUGGCAUUCGAGGGGCAGCCUCAGACAACGAAGAAGAAGAAAAGCGAAAUUGACAGUUUGGAGGCGCGACAGGGACAGGGCGAAGGGGAAAGGGGAAAGGCGGCGACAGUGAAGGGGGAGAAAGCUGCAGAGAAGCUCGAGAAACCACAGGCGAAGGGUGGAGAUGGCCCUCCCAAGCCCAGACCACGACCGAGACCAACAACGACAGUGAAGACGAAUGGCCUAACUUCGCAGCCCAGCGCUGAGUCUGAUCAAAGCCGCGAGUUCAUGAUGGUUGUUGCAGGGCUGAAUGAGGGGAAGGGAAGGACUGGUCAAAUUGGACAGAGCAUCACCACCAACCCUUAUUCCUCGGACAGUGGCUCUGAAUCGAGCACCUCAAGUGACUCUGGAGAUCGCGUCAAAGCCCGAAAAGCAAAGCGGAAAGCGACCCCCCCUACGGCCCUCGUAAAUUCCGUCCAGACAUUGCCAACGAUUGCCAAACUGACGGCAGUGACGACCGCACCUGUCUCUAGACACAUCGAGGCCAAACCGACGGCAGUGACGACCGCACCUGUCUCUAGACACAUCGAGGCCAAACCGACGGCAGUGACGACCGCGCCGCCUCCAUCCCAGAACAGCACUGUCUCUAGACAAAUCGAUGCCGCAGUUACCGUCGCCAAUGCCCCCGCGUCGACCGUCUUCAAACCAGCGGCCGAUCCACCCGCCAAGAACGCUGUGCCCAAACGACCAUUCCCAUCUCACUCCACCCAAGAGCACCAUCACGCCACUGGAACAGCUCCCAACCGCGGACAGUUCCUCGACAGAGACAAUGACGAUGACGCGUCGUAUCAGCCGAGCAACUCCAGCGACGACGAGGGGUUGGGGAGUCGUGCAGUUGGGAAGAACACUCAACAAGGAUCGAAAAAAACAUCAUCUAACAAACAGACUUCAAAGAAAACCGCUGCUAAUGCUGCGCAAGCUUCUUCUGGCUCAUCUAAUGACGAACGCUGGUCAAGGGUGGCGCCUUUCUCAGCAUCUGAACUUACCCAGACUUCCGUCGCUGAAACCCUGCACGCAUUGACGGUCAAAUCUCACCUACAAGGCGCGACGAUCCGCCAAUUGGAAUCCAAGGUUUCGACCAUUACGCGAGCAUUCGAGCGCAACCAAAACACCGAGAAGGCGGUUCCAGUCCUGGAGAAGCGCUUGAACGAAGCAAUCCGGUCUCUCGACGAGCUACGUCAAGAUCUGAAGGCUGAACAGCAGAAGACGGCGGAGCUGGAGGCCCGGGAGAGAGAGCGUGAGAAGAAGCUUGAGGACUACCGAUCAAACCUCAAACUUCUGAACGGCGUCGUUGAAAGGCUGCUGGAGGUUCAUGGACUUCGACGAAUCCCAGAUUCGACCCUGUUAGUUCCCCUACCGCCUACAGUAGUGGGAUCAACCCAGGUUCAGCAAGGUGCAGAACAGUCUACAACCACCCUUCGUCAGCAAGCCCCACACCCAGCCCUCUCAGAUACCCAGCCUCCCAACAGUUAUCCCAGAUCGACCUCCCUCAGCGUCAAUUUUACGAGGGCAGCGCCCUCAACAGGUUUGCGAAUGGCCUCGAUGUCGAUGCCAGCCUCGACAGCGAGCUCGAUAAACAGCUAUGUCUCCCAGGGUCAGACUCCAAACUCCAGUGCCAUGAGCUUCCACCAUCGGAAUUUCACUCAUCCCGACCAAACGUUCCAUUCAGAUCGCUCCGCCAACGCAGAUAUCAACCCCCUCCAACCCAUCAUCUCCGAGGUGCAUCGCACCCAAAUGGAUCUUCCCCAUGAGCUCCAACCAUCCCCAGUUCAACGUGCAAGUUUUAUCGAAAUGAUAGCCCACUCCUCCGUCGGCACUACCCCAGAUAUGAUCCACCAGAUGCAAAUGCUCGAUGACCGAGGCUCGAGGGGUGGAAGGUCGUCGACGAGUGCUGCCGAUGGCGAGAGUCUGUCUGACUGGGGAAACAUCAGCGGCGGCAAGUUUAAGUAUCACCCACAAAACCACAUUCAACAACCUACUUUGGAGCUGACUCGAAACACACCCAAUGAUCGGAGUGCUUACAACGGGGGGGUCAACGCAGUCGGGGGACUCACGAUCAGCAGCAACAAAUUCCAACAACCUCACCAAGGUUCAACCACGGGCGUUCGGGGCGAGUUCCAUCCCAUUGGGAGUCUCACAAUUGCUCAGGAUCAGGAAGAGCGCAAUACCCAAAAUCAGUAG